AUGUCCACCGGCGCCGACAGCACCUUCUUCCUGGCGUCUGGGACAGCGGACGCCGAUACCGAUCGACCUGUCCGACUCCGCGCGUUCAGGCGUAAUGUGCGCCAAGGGAAAAUUGCACUUGGCGCGAGUCUUACCGCGGCGCUCCUCGCCGGGAUGGUGCAUCUUGGGCACCUGGUAUAUGAGGAAGGAGGGUGGAUCGGUCACGCGCGGUGGGGCGCGGAUGUAAUUAUUAUUAUCCUCACUCUCGGGAGCAUGGGCAUGCUCUCGGCGACGCUAGUGUGGCGGCCGUUCCCCUCCCGCCUGCGGCCCGCCGACUUAGGCGAACUUGCCAACAUGCGCAUACACCGGCUCGCUUGCGUCGCGACCUUCUUCGCCGGCCUCGCCUCCAUCAUCCUCCACCUCGCUCCCGAUGUCGUGUAUAUUCUGUCCACACAACGCGGCCCACCGCCAGUCGACGCCGCGACCCUCCUUACCGGGCGCAUGCACCUCGUGACGCUGAUCGCAGCGUGUGUGAGCGCCGGGUGUAUGCGACGUGGGCCAUUGUUGCGCACACGCGAGGCGCGCUUCGGCUCUGGCUUCGGAGUCGAGUCGAGCCCGGAUGAAGACUUCGACUGGCGAAAACUCAGCUUCGAGGACGAGGAGCCUGACACCAUGCCCGUGAUCGAUUACGGGAACUCUAGCAUGCUCAACUUCCUCACACUGGGAUAUAGCAUAAGCCUCGCGAAGAAGAGCCUCGAGGUAGAGGCGCUGCAGCAGUCCGACCUGCCUGUGUUGGAGGAUUGGGUGCGGAGGGGUGGGACGGAGCACCUCGCCGCCCUCGAACCGCAGGGCAUGGACCUCCAGGCUACCACAGCGAUCGGGCUCAUGAAGGCCCUCUGGGCCGGACGUGGGAAGGUCAUCUUCAUCACGUUUGUGCUGGAGACGGCCAACGUCUUCAUCAAUUACAUCCAGAUCACGGCGACUUACGAGUUCAUCGAGGACUUUGGAAACCCGGACCCCGCAUACUUGUACCUCAUGUGCUGGGGUAUGCUCGUCGGUCAGGUGCUGGGCGUCACCCUCUCGGCGUACCUUUGGGUUCGCGAGAACUACCUGCUGCACAACCCCGUGCGCAUGACCAUGUCCGCUAUUCUGUACGCCAAGAUCCUGCGCUCGACCGACGUCAAGGCCAUGGAGGCGCAGCACCUCACCUCAGAGGAGGAUCAGAAAGCCAACAAGGGUCGUGCACAGGUCAUGAACCUCCUUACGAUUGACGUGGGCACUGUCGCGUCGAUGGCUACGUACAUCUGGAACAUAUCCAACGGCAUUAUCCAGUUGAUCAUCGGUCUCGUCUUCAUGUAUAACAUGCUUGGCUCGAGCUCGGCGGUUGCGCUGCUCUGCGUCCCGCUCUUUGCACCCAUCUCUGCCUGGAUCGCCAAGCGGAUCUAUGAAUGUGAUAAGGGUUGGGCACGCGCACGCGACGGACGGACAGGCGCGAUCAAGGAGUUCCUGGCGGGCAUCAAGGUCAUCAAGCUCAACGGCUUUGAGGGGUACGAAACCCGCCGCGUCAGUGCAUUGCGCGACAUCGAGACAGUAUGGCAGCGGUGGCGCUACACGUUGGGUACGUUCUUCAACAUUGUCGGAGACCUUCUGCCAGCUUUCGCCGUUGCCGCCACCUUUGUAUUUUAUACGAAGGUGUUGGGCCGAGACCUCGAGCCUGCCACCGCCUUUGUCACCCUUCUCGUCUUCGCCAAGGUCAAGGCUGGCCUUGACGUGUUUCCAAUGGCGAUCGACGUCGUGCUCAACUCCAAGGUCGCGCUUGACCGUCUUAAGAACUACCUCAACACGGCCGAGGUCGACGUCAACCUGGAAGAUGUGUCAGACGGCAUGAUCGCUGUUGACAAUGCCACGUUCACCUGGCCGGUGCCAGAGAACGCCGUGCACCCCUCAGAUGAAUCUGUACACGCGUUCCGGUUGCGCCGGGUGACGCUCUCCCUUCCUCAGGGGAAAAUGACGCUGAUCUGCGGUCCGCUUGGCGCAGGAAAGACCCUCUUCCUUCGCGCCCUCCUCGGCGAAGCUAAGGUCGAGAGCGGCAACGUCAUCUCGCCGCGCUCCCCCAUCAACGCGACGCUGCUUGAUCACUCCAACCAGCAUAUGCAGUGGACGACCGAGAAGUGGCUGACGCGCACCGUUGCAUAUGCCCCGCAGAAGAGCUAUAUCCGUCACGGCAGCGUGCGCGACAAUAUCCUCUUCGGACUGCCGCUAUGGAAGGAGCGGUACGUGGAGGUACUUCGGCAAUGCUCGCUCGAAGCGGACCUCGCGCUGCUUGUCAACGGCGACAGGACCGAGGUGGGCGAGAAUGGUGUUAACCUCUCUGGCGGACAGAAGGCGCGGAUCAAUCUUGCCCGUUGCGUGUACUCGCGCGCCCGCACGAUAUACCUCGACGAUGUGCUCAGCGCGGUUGAUGCGCACACUGUUCAGUUCCUCAUCGACGAGUGCUUCCGCGGCAAGCUCCUUCGGGCCCGCACGGUCGUCCUCGUCAGCCACCACGUGGGCCUCUGCCUCCCUGUCUCGGACUAUGUCGUCGCCAUUGCGGAUGGGAAAGCGCAGGAGGCGUGCUUGGCGCGGCGCGCACACCUCCCCUCCCUCAUGCAGAUGAGCUCGCCUUUGCAGGCGGCGGAGGAGUUGCCGCCUUUGCCGGCAACAGGCACGGCCCGUCCUGAGGCCAUCCAUGUUCUCGACACACUCGUCAACCUCAACGCGCAGACUGCUAUGGCACCCGACGAUGACGCCGCUCUGGUCCGAGAGAUCCGCCAGACCGAACGAGACGACUUGCUCUCCGUGGAGGACGACCAGGACGAACCCAAGGCGCGGGCGGUGUACACCAAAGAGCACCAGGAGGUCGGGCAUGUCGCUUCGGGACACUACUGGCUCGUGAUCGCCGCGGCUGGCGGCCUUGGGUACUGGACCAUAUGGAUCAUCCUGUAUGGAGGCACGAAGGCUCUGUCGUGGUCCAUCGACUACGUGAUGAAGAUCUGGACGGGUGAUCCGAACAUCGAGGCGAACCUCAACUACUAUAUCACUCUCUUCCUCACGUUGAGGGUGGCGUGGGUCGUGGUCGGCGCCCUCAGGUGGGUCUGGCUGUACGGCGUAGGCAACGUUGGCUUUUACUCGGCGGGCACAAAGAAGAUCCACCGCGACCUGUUCCGGACCAUCACGAAUGCGCCACUGUCGUUCUUCGAGAGCACACCUUCUGGGCGUCUGCUCAAUGUAUUUUCGCAGGACAUCAAGCGGCUAGACAGCCAGUCAGCCGACGACUUUGGGCGCACCACGUCUGAGAUGCUUCGCGUCGUCGUGUCUGCCAUCACCGUCAGCUUUGAGGCUCCGGCAAUGCUCGUCGUGCUGGUUGCAUUUGGCGUCCCGCUCCUCCUUGUGACGAACCAGCUCGGCAAGUUGCGCUCCAACCUCCGCCGUCUCGCUGCCGUGUCCGACUCGCCGAUCAUCAGCCUGUACCAUGACAGCAUCGACGGCGUGGUCAUGCUGCGCGCUUUCGGAUUACCGGCUGCGAUGACCAAGAUCUUCCAGGUACUGGCAAAUCGGAGCCGCGUUGCGCAGACGUGGAACUGGAUCGUGUAUAACUGGGUCCGGGCAGUUGUACUCACCCUCUCGUCCGUGUUCCUCACGAUCACUGGGUUCAUCCUGGUCGGACGAGACAUCUCGCCCGCGCUGGCAGGUUUCAUCCUCAACUUUGCAGCGCAGGUGUCGGUCACGAUGUUCUCGUUGCUCGAGCGCUUCAUAAUGCUGGAGCAGACGUUUGUCUCUGCCGAGCGCAUCAACUAUUACCUCCAGAAUACACCACAGGAACCGGGGGGCGGCACUGUGCCGCCCGCACACUGGCCGGAGAAGGGCGGAAUAGUGGUGCGCGGUCUGAGUGUGCGCUACGCCCCUGACUUGCCUGACGUGCUCCACGACGUCUCCUUCACAAUCGAGCCUGGGCAGCGUGUCGGUGUUGUAGGCGCCACGGGCUCGGGGAAGAGCACCCUCGCGCUCUCCCUCUUCCGCGCGGUCGAGCCAACGGGCGGGAGCAUCGAGAUCGACGGGCUCGACACCGCGACGCUCGCUCUCCGGCCGCUGCGCCAGCGCCUCAACAUGGUCGUGCAGGACGGUUCUUUGCCGGCUGGGACGUUGCGAAACGCGCUCGACAUAUCGGGCGAGGCUGACGACGCGGACAUUUACGACGCGCUGCGGCGCGUACACCUUCUCCCCGCCGUGGUCACUCCCGCGGAUGUGCUUACGAACCCAUUCGCCGACCUCGACACGUUUGUGGCUGCCGAGGGCGCCAACUUCAGCCAUGGGCAGCGGCAACUGUUGUGUCUUGCGCGGGCGCUGCUCAAGAAGUCAAGAGUAUUGGUCAUGGACGAGGCGACAUCUUCGGUUGACUUUGAGAUGGAUAGCAAGAUCACGCAGACGAUCCGGGAGUGCUUUGCGGACACGACAAUGCUGGUGAUCGCGCACCGCCUUGCCACGAUCGUUGCAUACGACCGGGUGCUUGUGUUGGAUCGCGGGCGUGUAAUCGAGAACGACCAUCCUCUGACGCUGAUGACGCGUGAAAGCACUGCAUUUCGCAGCUUGUGCAUGGCCCAGGGGCCGGACGAGUAUGCGUAUCUGCUCAGGCUGGCGCAAAGCAGCCAGGCGUGA